AUGCUUAGAGGUCUUUUAACUCCAACUAAUUCAAGAUUACUCAAACCAAUUGUCACUACUCCUGUCAGGCUCUUUUCAUCAACUUUAAAAAAAAUGUCUCAAGAAUAUACCGUUAUUAUUUAUGAUAAACCCGGAACUGAUAGAACUAAAGUUAGACCAAUUCACUUACAAGAUCUUGUUGGAACUGUUAAUGCCGGUGUUGUAAUUGCUGGUGGUGCACUUUUCACUGAUGAAACUAAAACUAAAUUUGUUGGUAGUACUUUACAAAUUGCUGCUAACAGUAAAGAAGAAGUUAUUGAAGCUUUAAAACAAGAUGUCUAUUACAGAGAAGGAAUUUGGGAUAUCGAUAGUGCACUUAUUUACCCCAGUGGAAUGGCUGUCCGUUUACCAAAGAAGUUAGCUGGAACUAGAGAAGAACUUUUUAAUUAA